AAAUGGCGUGGUUAUCCUCAACCUCAGUUUCUGGUUGCGGCUGUCAUUACAACCCUGGGACUGUUAGGCGGCCGCGCUGUUUGGUUAAUGAUAUCAGGAAAAGAAACAGUAGUAGCUCAUGGACAGCGCUAUCAUAUUCUAAUUGCCUUGCUCUUUUUCAAUACAAUCAUAUUCGCAAGCCCAUUCAUUUCGGUGCCAAUUGCACAGCCAGUGGUGGUAAUGAGACCACAGAGCUCAAAGAUUCGUCUGACAUGGUUGACUGCGUGGGAACAGGGCAAGACGUAGAGUGCGUGGUGACAGCCCAAGGAGAAGAAGAUCGUGGACUGGAACUGGAAUUAGUAGAACAAUUGCAAGAAUGGGCAGUGCUGGUCUCUCCCUUCUUCUUUUGGGGUACGGCUAUGGUGGCCAUGAAGGGCAUUCUGCCAAAGACCGGCCCUUUCUUCAUCUCAGCCUUCCGUCUGAUUCCUGCUGGCUUCCUCCUCAUCGCCUUCGCUGCCUACAGAGGCCGCCCCUUUCCUUCUGGCCUCACCGCUUGGCUUUCUAUUGCGCUCUUCGGCCUCGUUGAUGCUGCUUGUUUCCAAGGAUUUCUUGCUCAAGGUUUGCAGAGGACGUCUGCUGGUCUGGGCAGCGUCAUAAUUGAUUCACAACCUUUGACAGUCGCUGUACUUGCGGCCUUGUUCUUUGGUGAGUCCAUUGGCUUCCUUGGAGCUGCAGGGCUUGUUCUUGGUGUCAUUGGACUUUUACUUCUUGAGGCACCUUCACUUGCUUUUGAUGGAAGUAACUUUUCAUUGUGGCAAAAUGGGGAGUGGUGGAUGCUUCUCUCUGCUCAGAGCAUGGCAGUUGGUACAGUCAUGGUGCGUUGGGUUUCCAAGUACUCUGAUCCUAUUAUGGCGACUGGAUGGCAUAUGGUUAUUGGCGGCCUGCCUCUUGUUAUAAUAUCCAUUCUUAAUCAUGACAAUGCUGUCAGUGGGAGUCUCGUGGAGUUCACUGCAAAUGAUACAUUGGCUCUCCUUUAUACAUCCAUUUUUGGAAGUGCCAUCAGCUAUGGUAUAUACUUCUACAGUGCAACAAAAGGUAGCCUGACAAAACUCAGCUCCCUCACCUUUCUAACCCCAAUGUUUGCUUCGAUAUUUGGGUUUCUAUAUCUUGGUGAGACCUUCUCACCCUUGCAACUGGGUGGAGCCAUGAUUACUAUUGUUGCAAUAUACUUGGUUAACUACAGAACUAUUGUUAAAUGAAGAAUAUAAUCAAUAAUGUACAAAGAAGGGGAACGACAGAAA